AUGAAGAGGAGAGAGAGGAGAGAGAGGAGGCAGAGGAGAGAGAGGAGAGAGAGGAGGAAGAGGAGAGAGAGGAGGAAGAGGAGGCAGAGGAGAGAGAGGAGGAAGAGGAGAGAGGAGAGAGAGGAGAGAGAGGAGGAAGAGGAGAGAGAGGAUGAAGAGGAGAGAGAGGAGAGAGAGGAGGAAGAGGAGAGAGGAGAGAGAGGAGGAAGAGGAGAGAGAGGAGGAAGAGGAGAGAGAGGAUGA